AUGGCUGACCCAGAGGUGGAUGUCAGAAUCGAGCUUGAGGAUGAGGUUCUAGAGGCUCCACUAACAGGUGGAGGAGAGACUGGAGUCUCACACGAACACGUUGGCAAGAUUCAAGAAAUGGAAAAUGCUAAAUUAGAGGUGGUAUCUGUUGGAGAUCAUCUAUCUGUUGGAGAUCAUGAUCUUUCUGCUUCCACUCCUCCACUUGAGAGCCAAAAUGAAGAAAACAUCAUCGAUAACCCAGGCUCUGAGAGUGCAGAGCAGACAGAACCUUCCAACAAUGUCCAAGUCCAAUGUCCAAGUUCAGGAAUGCCUGUUACUAAAGUCCAACCAUUUCUGUCAGUGGGUCUAAGCUGUAGAGGGAAGUUCCGGUGCAGCUCAUCUCACUGUGUCAGCAUCUCAGCACAGUGUGAUGGACAUAUAGACUGUGAACAUGGCGAGGACGAGCUCAGCUGUGGUGCGUACAAUGCUGCUCUCGUGCGUGUGAGUGGAAAGCGUUCAGUGCUGCAGGUGUUAAGUGGAGGAGUCUGGAGCACUGUGUGUUCUGAAACAUGGGACUCUGAUCUGGGCUUCUCUGCCUGCAAACAGCUGGGAUACUCCAGUUAUGUGGAGUCUGGUUCCCUUCUUCUCACCUCGAUUGAACAAGACCUUCAGGACAAUCUAGUGUCUAUCAUCCCAAGCCAGCUGAAUCCCCUGCAUCCGAUCAAAAUACACAACAUAACCACUCUGAGUAAAACUGAAUGUACAUCAGGCAAAAUCAUAACUUUAAGAUGCUUGGAGUGUGGCUCCCGGCCUCAGUACAGUGCACGUAUAGUUGGGGGAAAUCUGUCUCAAGAAGGUCAGUUUCCGUGGCAAGUGAGUCUUCAAUUCCAGAAUGAGCACCUGUGUGGAGGAUCUAUUAUAGGAGCUCGGUGGAUAUUAACAGCUGCACACUGUGUGUAUGGUUUUGCAUUCCCCCCUCUUUGGACGGUGCUCGCUGGACUCACAGAGCAACCAUCUACUGGAGCUAAGUAUCUCGCUGUGGAGAAAAUUAUUUAUCAUGGCCGCUAUAGGCCAAAAGGUCUGGACUAUGACAUUGCCCUGCUGAAACUGUCACAGCCACUUACCUUCAAUGGCUAUAUUGAGCCCAUCUGCCUGCCAAACUUUGGAGAGGAGUUUGAGGAUGAGAUAUGCUGGAUUUCAGGAUGGGGAGCCACAGAUGAUGGAGGUGAAGCAAGUUCAUCUCUGCAUUCUGCGAGGGUCCCGCUGAUCUCCGCCAAAGCAUGCAGUCAGCCUGAAGUCUAUCAAGGCUACAUCUCCCCUGGCAUGAUCUGCGCUGGUUACCUAGAAGGGGGAACCGACUCCUGCCAGGGGGACAGUGGUGGUCCCCUGGCCUGUGAGGACUCAUCUGUGUGGAAGCUGGUGGGAGCAACAAGCUGGGGUCAGGGCUGUGCUGAGAGAAACAAACCUGGGGUGUAUACCGCAUCACACAAGCUCUUACCUGGAUUCAUCAGCAAAUGGAGAGAGAAGAAACACUAAAUCCUUCUCCAAUCAGCUCAGACAACUGAAAUGAGUCCAGAUUUUACAUCCUGUGCAGCUCGUCUAAUGAUCGAAUACAAACAGUGUUAUCAAUGCUAGAAUGUGCGCUGGAAUUUGCUACAGGCUUUAAUAACCACGUACGGCUUUACAUUGAACACAGAGAGAAAUCUUCCGAAUUUCAAAAUGUUGACCUGAACGAACAGAAAUACUGAGGUGAAAAUUUUGCAAUGUUUAA